AUGACAUCAACUAAUACGCUUGAGAAUGUUACUUUACUGAAUCAACCCCAUGAUUCAGAUCAUUACAGACUGAAUAUUGAAUUGCAACUGCUCCGGAAAUCAACCGAAGACAGCAUUGCAGUAAUUGAAAAUGAAGUUCCCCUGACACCAGUGGAGGAGCCAAGUGAGUAUAUGCUAAGAAGACGUGAAGGUUCACAUGUAGUGCCAUUCACUGAGUCUCCAGGUGAUUCCCCUCGAUACGAUAGUAGAGCUUUAAUGUAUGGGUCAGAGAAGGAUCAUGCUAGUUUCCCUGACGGAGGCACACAAGCCAACCUCGUUCUACUUGGGUCCUUUAUAGGACUAAUUGCUGAUUUUGGAAUUGCAAACUCGUUGGGUGCAAUUGAGUCGUACGUUUCAUCGCAUCAAUUGAAAGACAUUUCGAAGUCACAAGUUGGGUGGGUGUUUUCAUUGCAUCUUGGUUGUAUGUAUUGGUUUGGAGUAUUUUUUGGCGAAUUUUUUGAUAAAUUUGGUGCCAAACGGCCUUUAAUUGCUGGAAAUUUCUUUAUGUGUUUGGGUUUGUUGUGUACAGCUGAGAGUCAUUCUCUUUAUCAGUUUAUCUUGUCUUUUUCCAUUGUUACAGCUAUAGGGACUUCUCUUGCGAUGUCUCCUUUGAUUGGAGUUUUGAGCCACUGGUUUUUAAAAAAACGUGCCAUAGCAUGUUCAGUAGCUACUAUUGGUGGUUUGGUGGGCUCUUCGUGCUUCACAAUAAUGUUGCAGCAAUUGUAUGGUGCAAUUGGAUUCAAAAAUGCCAUAAGAAUUUUGGCUUGUAUUUGUUUUAUUUUAAUGGCAGUGUCCACUAUAUUGGUAAAGGAAAGAAAGGUGGUUAAUGAGUCCGAGGAACUGGAAGGAAAGCCAAGUAUCUUCACUAAAAUUGCUCAAUUUUUUCAAGGUGCUUUGGAUUUUUCAGCUUUGAAAGAUAUGAAAUUUGUUUCGUUAUGCUUUGCCAUAUUUUUAAGUGAAGUUAUAUCCAUGACAACUUUGACGUACUUGGCAUCAUAUGCAUUGACUUAUAGCAUUGAUGAAACAAAGUCUUAUCUUAUGCUUACUUUAGUGAAUGUCUGUGGUAUACCUUCGAGAUUGUUGUCAGGAUUGUUGGCUGACAAAUAUGGGAGAUUCAAUGUCAUGUGUUUUUCGGCCACUUUGACCACAGUGUUUAUAUUUGGCUUGUGGUAUCCAGCAAAUAAUAUGGCCUUGUUGUUUGCAUUCAGUAUUUUGUUUGGUAUAUCGUCAUCUGCUGUAAUAUCACUAAUUCCAGCAUGCACUGGUCAAAUUUGUUCUGCUGAGAGAUUUGGCAAAGUUUACGGUACAUUGUAUUUUUUCUUAGGAUUUUUGACGAUAUUGGGGAUGUAUCUUGCCACAUUAGUUAUUGCUGAAGGAACUCCAGAGAGUUACAGCCAUUUUGUACUCUUUGAAGGUGCUUUAUCAGCCCUUAGUAUUGUUGUAUGGAUAUGGGCUAGGUUUAGUGCUGUUGGUUGGAAAUGGUGCAAAUUUUAA